CGGGGCGGGUGCGCGGCCAUUCCCCGGGGAUGUGCGCGGCUCCGUCGACAUUUCAGAGAGAUGAUUCUCCUUGGACUGUAAAGUGUUUCAGGUGCAAUGGCAGAUCCCAUCCGCUGGGCCCGAUACCGAUGGCAGCGACUGAUAUCAGCAGAGGGCAGAGAGUGCAGCAGCAACAAUUCAAGUACCAAGUGCUAUCAAUCAUCAAAAACUACUGGCAAACAUAGGAUAGUGAUACCCUGUUUGGGACAUUUUAAGGAAGAGUAUGAAAAAGUAUCAAAACUGUACAUGAACAACAAAAUACGAACUACUAGGUAUACUUUAUUGAAUUUUUUACCACGGAAUUUAUUUGAACAAUUUCACAGAAUUGCCAAUUUAUAUUUCCUAUUUCUGGCUGUCCUAAAUUGGGUUCCUCUAGUUGAAGCUUUCCAAAAAGAAAUUACAAUGCUACCUCUGAUUGGGGUUCUGACAAUUAUUGCAGUGAAGGAUGGUCUGGAAGAUUAUUCAAGGUACAAAAUGGAUAAACAGAUAAACAACUUAGUAACCAAAGUAUAUAGCAGGAAAGAGAAGAAAUACACAGAUGAGUGCUGGAAAAAUGUCAAUGUUGGGGACUUUGUCCGGCUUUCACGCAAUGAAAUCAUUCCUGCUGACAUGGUGCUGUUAUAUUCCAGUGACCCAGAUGGGAUCUGUUAUAUUGAAACUGCAGGCCUUGAUGGAGAAACCAAUCUAAAGCAGAGACAGGUGGUGAGAGGAUAUUCAGAGCAGGUCUCUGAAAUUGAUCCAGAAGAAUUUUCCAGUAGAAUAGAGUGUGAAAGUCCUAACAAUGACCUCAAUCGUUUCCGAGGCUUUGUUGAGCAUUCAAACAUGGACCGAGUGGGUCUCAGCAAGGAAAACUUACUGCUCCGAGGAUGCACAGUAAGAAACACAGAAGCUGUGGUAGGCAUAGUGGUAUAUGCAGGUCAUGAAACCAAAGCUAUGCUGAACAACAGCGGCCCUCAUUACAAGCGUAGUAAAUUGGAAAGAAAAGUGAACACUGAUAUUCUUUGGUGUGUUCUGCUCCUACUUUUGAUGUGUUUAACUGGUGCAGUAGGUCAUGGACUUUGGUUAAGUAGGUAUUCGGAAAUACCUUUUUUUAACAUCCCCAGGCCAGAUGGGAAAUCAAAUCCUCCAGCAUUAGCAGGCUUCUAUAUGUUCUGGACAAUGAUAAUUUUGUUACAGGUCUUGAUCCCUGUUUCUCUCUAUGUUUCAAUUGAAAUUGUCAAAUUGGGACAAAUUUAUUUAAUACAGAAUGACAUUGAUUUUUACCAUGAGAAAACAGACUCAAGUAUUCAGUGUCGAGCACUAAAUAUUGCUGAAGACCUUGGCCAGAUUCAGUAUAUUUUCUCUGACAAGACUGGAACCCUCACUGAAAAUAAGAUGGUUUUUCGGAGAUGCAGCAUUGCAGGACAGGAGUAUUGCCAUGAGGAAAAUGCAAAGAGGUUGGAAUCCUAUCAAGAGAUUGAUUCAGAGGAUGAGGAUUCAGCUGAUUGUCACUGUGGCUCUUCAACCCCUACAUCAAAGAGUCAGGGGCACAACUGCAGAGCUGUGUGUGAACCUUUGAAGAGAAAGUCUUUGAACCAGUUAUCUGGUAGUUACUCUGCAUUCAAAAGGCAAGAUGAAGCAGGUGAUAUUCCCAACUCAGGACACAUGGCUUUCAGCAGUCCCAUAGAAACAGAUGUUGUACCAGACACACAACUGCUGGAGAAGUUCAGUCAAAUUUCUUUUCAUUCCUAUCAACAAUCAGAAGAAGCUAGCAGCGAGUUAUCUUUGGAGACAAUGUAUAUCACUGAUUUCUUUCUUGCUCUGGCAAUCUGUAAUACUGUUGUAGUCUCAGGCCCCAAUCAGACACGUCAGAAGAUGAGACUCUCUUCACUGAGUAGGAUGCCUAUUAAAUCACUUGAGGAAAUCAGGCAAAUGUUCCAGAGGUUUUCAGUCUGGAGACUAAGUUCUUCUCCUCUUCCAAGUGUAAAGGAGUCAUCAUCCGAGAGCCCCAAUACUUUUGUGAGAAAACUGUCUAUUUUUAGAAUGAAACUGGCUUCACCUACUUUGGAUGGAGAUGCUCAAAGGAUUUCUGAACCUCACGCUAUUGACAGCCCAGAAAGUUCUCAAGUGCCUGGAGAAAUCCAUCUAGAGAAUGUAGCUGCUAGUGGUGAACCCAACCAUGCUGUGUCAUCUAUUGAAUUAUCUCCCACACCAAAACUCUGUUAUGAAGCUGAGAGUCCAGAUGAAGCUGCCUUGGUUCAUGCUGCUAGGGCUUAUAAAUGUGUUUUACAGUCUAGAACUCCAGAUCAAGUAACUGUGGAGUUUGCAGGUCUGGGCCCUUUAACAUUUCAGCUUUUGCAUAUCCUGCCUUUUGAUUCACUGCGGAAAAGGAUGUCAGUGGUGGUGCGGCAUCCAGUCUCCAACCAAGUGGUGGUGUACACAAAAGGUGCAGACUCAGUCAUGAUGGAUUUGUUGAGAAGUGCAUCUGAAGCACAUAGUAAUAAUUCUGAAAUUGAAGAGAAGAUUAAAGAAAGAACUCAGCAGCAUUUGGAUGAUUAUGCCAGAAGAGGACUGCGCACUCUGUGUAUUGCUAAGAAGGUGAUGAGUGAUGCAGAAUAUGCUGAGUGGUUAAAUCAUCGUUUUUUAGCAGAAACCAGCAUUGACAAUAGGGAGGACCUGCUGCUUGAGUCUGCCAUGAGGCUUGAGACCAAACUAACUUUGCUUGGUGCCACUGGCAUUGAAGAUCGCCUGCAGGAGGGUGUUCCAGACACAAUACAGGCAUUGCGGAAAGCUGGAAUAAAAAUAUGGAUGUUGACAGGUGACAAGAGAGAGACAGCUGUCAACAUUGCUUAUGCUUGUAAACUGCUGGAACCAGAGGACAGAAUCUUCACUCUUAUAUCACAGACUAGGGAUGCCUGUGCCUUGGUAAUGAGCAAAAUUUUAGAAGAUAUCCAGAAGAAUGCUUCUGUCAAAAAAAACCACAGUGAGAAACUUGGAAAUGUCUCUGCAAGUCCCUCCACCCAAGCUCAAGGGUUCAGUUCAGGCCUGGUUAUUGAUGGAAGGACUUUAGAGCAUGUCCUUCAUGACAGCCUACAGAAUAUUUUCUUGGAACUCACAGAAAAAUGUCGGGCUGUAGUCUGUUGCCAAGCCACACCACUGCAGAAGAGUGUCCUGGUUCAACUGGUGCGAAAUAAGCUAAAGGCAAUGACGUUAGCUGUAGGUGAUGGUGCCAAUGAUGUCAGUAUGAUCCAGGUGGCUGACACUGGUGUGGGAAUAUCUGGCCAGGAAGGCAUGCAGGCUGUGAUGGCAAGUGACUUUGCAAUCUCUCAGUUUAGACAUCUCAGGAAGCUGCUGCUUGUCCAUGGUCACUGGUGUUAUACGAGACUUACCAACAUGGUGCUUUACUUCUUCUACAAGAAUGUGACUUAUGUGAAUCUCCUGUUUUGGUACCAGUUUUUCUGCGGGUUUUCAGGCACUUCAAUGACUGACUACUGGAUCUUGAUUCUUUUCAAUCUCCUUUUUACAUCGGUGCCACCCAUCAUUUAUGGUGUCUUGGACAAAGAUGUAUCUGCAGAGAUACUCAUGGAACUCCCACAGCUUUACACAAUGAGCCAGAAAUCUGUGGCUUACUUGCCUUCAGCUUUCUGGAUAACCUUGCUGGAUGCUUUUUACCAAAGUCUCGUUUGCUUUUUUGUGCCUUACUUUACUUACUGUGGCUCAGACAUAGACAUUUUUUCUUUUGGAAACCCCAUAAACACAGCAGCACUCUUCAUUAUGCUGUUACACCUGCUCAUUGAGUGCAAAUCUGUGACAUGGAUACAUGCAGUAGUUAUAGUUGGCAGCAUCCUAUUUUACUUUGUGUUCACUCUGGCUGUUGGAGCAACCUACAAAACCCACAACCCACAAUCAGACUUUUACUGGAUCAUGGAAAAGCACAUGACAGACCCAGUAUUUUACUUAGUUUGCCUCCUGACUACUUGCAUUGCUCUGCUACCCAGGUAUUUGAUAAGAGUUCUCCAAGGAACACUGUUUCCAUCUCCGGUGUUGAGAGCCAAGUGCCUUGUCAGACUGUCCCCCAAGGAGCAGAGGAAAGAAAUUGAGAGAUGGAAAGAUGAGUGCAAUGUGAAUUAUAGGGUGGAGCUCCAGCCUACUUCUGUGCUGUCCAGCUCAGCUGCAGGUUCUAACAUAAAGAAGAGGCCUUUGAAGUGACCACAGACAUUCAAACUCCAAGAGAUCAUGUUGUUUUGAGUUACUUUUUCAGAUGUUUAUCUGAAACAUCCUUCUUGCUGUGGGGAGGCACCUUGCUAUGAGAAUACUCCAAAUUUCCCAAGUGGAACAUCUCCACUUUCUCUUCAAGAAAUGAGAGCUGCAAGGCUGCAAGUUGUGCAGGGAGACAAGCUGGUACUGGGGCAGAAUCACACAAGAAGAGAGUUACUGGGAUGAAGUGAAAUCAUCUACUCUGCUCCACAAUCCCAAGGCAGGCUCAGCUCCACCCUUGUCCUUCCUAGUGGAUGUUAUCCUGCUGUAAAGAACUCCAGAGAAACAAGCAGUGCUCUCCUGCCCUCAAAUAGUGGGUUUUUUUUUCAUUAUCUGACCUGAAUGUUUCUUCUGCACUUUAAAUCCAUGGCCUCUCUGCUCCUGUGGCCAGUGAGAGGAGACUGGUCCAUGUUUUAGAGGUCUCUAACUCUAUGACUGAGGUAUGUUGAACUUUGAUGGGGGGGCUCCAGCAUUUCCAGUGACCUGAGGGAGUGCAGGCCUCAGCUCUGUCCCCCCUGCCUCUGUGAAUAAGAGUUUGGGGACAGCACCGGCCUGUGACCUGCCCUCUUGCUGCCUCUGCUGCAGAAGCACAACCUACCAGCAGAUUUGACAGGUAGACAAUAAUUUACUGUCAGGAGUUUGCAUUUUUUCAUACAAAAGCUGUAAGUAAGAUCAGAGUAAGAUCAGAAGUAAAACCUUCUGACUAAGCCAUGGCAUCAAAAUAAUGACAUGAAGAAAUAUGAGCGGGAGUCAUCUGGAGUCAUCUGUUAGACCCAGCACCAGCUCCAUGAUGGACAUUUAAAUUGUUAUUAUGUGACUCUUUAGAAGCCUCAGCACUCCAUUACUCACAACUUAGUGCAGUGAGGCUUUCAGGACACUGAUCCUCUCUGCUGAGAUUGUAAAUGCUUUUGUACCACUUGAAGUAGUGAAAAGUAACACACGUGUGUGUGUGUGUGUGUGUGUGUGUUUAUUGCAUAUUGGUACUCCAUAUUUUUUAAAACUGCCCUCUACAGUUGUAUUUUAUUAGAGGAUUUCAACAAGCAGUCUGGGUCAUAACAUAAUUAUCUGUUGGGUAAAACUUGCUUUGGGGGUUGGGUUGGGUUUUAUUUUUGUUUGACUGUUAAGUUUUUUUGGUGUGGUGGUUGGGUUUGUUGGGUUUUUUUGUGGUGGACAAACAGAAGAAAUAGCUGAAGGCAUUUGCUGUGAUUACUUGCUGUCUUUUAUUGAAAGGGAGAUGAGGGUCAUGAGUCUUUAGGAAAAGCUUUAAAAUAUUAAUUGGCCAUAACUAAAGUAGUGCCAAAUGAAGGGUAGAAACACAUUGCACUCCCUGUGCUUCUCAACAGUUCAAUGUUCCCUUUAUUAUUUUUUUUUUAGCACUGAAAACACCACAAUCACCUGCUUGCUUCUCCACUUAGGCACAGCAUAAUCUGACUUUUCCAUUUUGAAAAUAAGCUUUUUAAGAGCAUCUCACAGGUGCCUUCCACAUGUCAUGAAAGGAAGCACAGCAUUUACACUUCUUUAAUAUGAAAACAAACCAAAAGAACCACCUUCAACUGCCCCAAACUUUACAGCUACAUCUAGAACAGCCUUAACUCUGAUUUUGAUGUGCAGUGUUUGACUUACAGAAGAAAGUACAUAUUUUAAAUUUUUUUUCUCAGCAACCACACCUGUGCUAAAGAUUUGUGGGUGGCAGUCAGCCACAGCCUUUGCUGAGUAUUCUGGCAGCACAGUGAACUUUGGUCUGUUCCUGGGGCACUGUUUGAGCUGAUGUUUGGCCUGAGCUGUGUUUUCCACAGCCCCACUGGCUGCAGCACAAGGCUGAGGACUGGCUGAGGACCAGCUAAAGCAGAGAACCCACUGCUCCCACCAGCCCUGGCUCUUGGCCAAGGCUGAUGGGCAACUUCCAAAUGUGACUGUCUUAACAAUGUUCCCAUAGAUGAAUUUCAGUGUGAAUUUUGUAUUAUUUGUUGUUAUGUUACUCUUACCCUCAUGGUCCUGGCUUCCUUAUUGCAGUGGAAAGGUAAAUUUUAACAGUGUUAA